GUUUUGUUGUAUGUUGUCAAAGAUAAAGUUGACAUUUUCCAAUUUCUUUUUUCGGUCUUUUAUUACUUGGUAAAAAUGGAACAAUAUUUAUUGGAAGGCGAUGGUUAUUUUACCAUAAUUGAAAAAAGUUCAAUUGCUGUUGAUGAGAAUGAAAUAGUGGAGUUAAAGGUUGGAUCAACUAUCAAUUAUUUGUGGCCAGAGCGUGCACGACACAAAAAAAAGUAUUCUGGGAAAAUAGUUGGAAUCUCAACUAAUGAAGCAGAUUUGCUAAAAUUAAAAACUCAAAAAUUACAAGAAGCAACAAGAAGUUUAAAAAGAAAAAGAAACGAAAAAUCCACAACAAGCUGUAAAAAAAAUCAAGCACUGUCAGAUGACAAUCCUCAGAAGAAAAUAAAUCAGAAACUUCUGCGCAAAGAAGCAAACAUUUCUAGUGCAAAGGAGAUAUUGAAAACUUUGGAUAUGGAUACUUUGGAAUGCUCUACAUUAUCUUAUGCACUAAACAAUAUUAAUAUUGCUUUACGUUUAGCAAAAGAUAUAACACCUACCUUGGAAAAAGCUAAAAAGUCAUUAGAAGAUUUCCUGUCAGAUCAAAGUUCGGAGCUAAUUCAUCUUGAUACCGGUGAAACGUCGACUUUCGUCAUUCAUGGACAACCUUCUCUCGAAUCAAUACAGUAUGAUCCUUCGACUGAAAAUCUGCCACGACCUGCUUUGAAGGGCAGACAUCUUCUUCGAAUCGAAACAAGAUGA